UGGUGUCGAUAUUAAUGAAAUUAUUCCAAAAACACACCAUGGUCGUUUAACCAAAAAACUAGCUAUUAGUUUAUCAAAUUAUAUGAACCAAGAUUAUUAUGGACUCAUAUCGUUAGGCACUCCACCUCAACAAUUCAGAGUAGUGUUUGAUACGGGCAGCUCUGACCUAUGGGUGCCGUCACCAAAAUGCGGUUCGUGUGCCUGUAUUAUACACCGGAAAUAUUAUUCAGCAAAAUCAUCGACUUAUGUCAAAAAUGACACCAAGUUUUCAAUACAGUACGGCAUGGGUAGUGCCAAAGGCUUUUUGAGCACCGAUACCUUAACCAUAGGUGGGCUUAAAGUGGUUAACCAAACUUUUGCCCAGAUCACGUCUGAACCUGGUCCGGCCAAUGUGCUGGGUGAUUUUGACGGUCUAAUGGGAAUGGCUUUUCAGUCACUUUCAGUGGACAACACAAUCACACCGUUUCAAAACAUGAUAACCCAGGGAGUGGUGUCGGCGCCGGUCUUCUCCUUCUACCUGAACCGAGACGUGAAGGGAAGGCCCGGCGGAGAGCUUAUACUCGGCGGCUCCGAUCCCGACCACUAUUCCGGUCACUUUACGUACGUUCCGGUGACUAAUCAAAGCUAUUGGCAAUUUAAGAUGGGUGGUAUACGUGUGGAUAGUGACCAAGGUGCUUUGUUUUGCCCGAAUGGGUGUCAGGCCAUUGCCGACACCGGCACCACUUUGAUUGUCGGUCCCAUACAAGAGACUAAUGCUAUUAACGCACUGAUAGGGGCUACAAAUCAGGGCAAAGGCAAUUGGGCGGUAAAUUGUUCUAGCAUAAAAACGUUGCCAACAAUUACUGUCAUAAUUGCUGGAAAAUUAUUCCCAAUUAAAGCCUCACAAUAUGUUUACACACAAAUCGGACCAAACGGUGGGACACAAUGUUUGUCUGGUUUUCAGGGUAUGAAUUAUACGGGUACAGGUUUGGCUGAAUUAUGGAUCAUGGGCGAUGUGUUUAUUGGGCCCUAUUAUACUGAGUUUGAUUAUGGUAGAAAGAGACUUGGAUUUGCGCCUAGCACACACUAUCUGACAUGUACACGGCAUGGCCGGGCAGACGUUGGAGUGUGCCCGGCUUACACGGGCAGACGUUUGACGUACCUGGCUUGCCCGGGCACACUUUUGACAUGUGCCCGGCAUAUCCAGAUAAACGAUAUUAACAACAUA